AAAAAAAAGAUAUAGAUCCGAAGCAGAAAGCUCAUAGUAUCAUUGAUUCUUUACCCGGCAAUUCCUUGCUUACUAAAACGGGCUACAUUACCGUGGGCACGGGAUUAGUAACUUUAGCUAUUUCAAAAGAAUUAUAUGUAUUCAACGAAGAAACUGUAGUGUUAUUGGCCUUUAUUGGUCUUGUGGUUCCUCUCUAUCAUCAUAAAGACGCUGUCAAAGAAAGAAUUGACACGAUUGGUCAGCUAGGAGAUAUUGUUGAUAUCACAAAAGCAUUGUUUGCUAUGUCCAAGGAAACUGCAAGAUUGGAAGCCGAAGCCUUUGAAUUGAAACAAAAAUCUGCAGCUGCUGCUGAGAUAAAAGCUGUUUUAGAUUCGUGGGUGCGUUAUGAAGCCUCGCUACGUGAACGUGAACAAAAAGCACAUGCUAGUUAUGUUAUGGAACGUGUGAUGGCUCAAUUACGAGAUGAAAAAACG